AUUAGAAGGGAACCAGUCUAAGAAUAAAGAUGGACGACAAUAUUUUUACGAGGCUAAAAUUAUCGGAUUUUUUAGGGAGAUCUGCUUAAUAUAUAGCUUUUACGCCAUCAUUUUAUGACUAAAUUUUUGUUAUAAUCUUUUCCCAUCGUAACUGAUGAAAUUAACCUGCAUAAAAAUUGUAAGUUGACGGAAAGUCGUCUUUAAUGCUGGUCUAUAGUGCUCAAUUUUUAAUUCAGGCUUAAAAAUAUAAUAUAUCUCAUCAUACAAACUAUGGCGGAGGGAGGACACUCGAAUCGUACCCAUUCUCAACUCAAGGAAGAAUAUGGAAGAGGGUCCAAGGCAAGUAUCCGCCGUGUUUCUAGUAAUAAAAAUGAUAUUUCGAUUGAAAAGAUAGAACCUACAUCAUCAAAUUUUGGUAACAGACCCGUUUUUCAAUUGGAGGAUCAACCACAUUUUCACUACGAUUAUAGCGAUAAAUGUUUCAACCAUCUCGCGUUGGUUAUAUGCAACAAUGAUCAGGACGGAAAGAAAAGUGACUUACUUGAGGAUAAUGGAAAAUUCACCAUAAAAGUAACUGUAAAAGAUGCAGAGAUGAAUAUUAAUGUUUGGAUCGUAAGACGGUCUCUAGAUGACUUUCUAGCUCUAGACGAAGCUGUACACAAAUGUAUUUGGGAAAGGCAUAGUUCUCUCUUGACAGAUUUAAAAGUUCUACGACAAUACGAUAAAAAUAGCAAGAGCGUCUUACAAACGUAUUUAUCUAAAUUUGCAACAAUGGCUGUUUCUGGAAAAACUGUACCAUGUAGUACAGUAUUAAAUUUUUUCGAGAUGGAUUAUUCUGGUAAAAAGUUAAUUCAUGCUCGAAGUACGUUGAUCAACAUACCAGCUAAAGCUUGUGGAACUGUUACAAAACCUUAUGUAAAACAAGAAUUUGACGAAAUCUCUGUAGAAGUGGGUGAUAUGGUAUCGAUUAUUGAAAUGCCUGACUCCCCUGCUCAUUGGUGGAGAGGAAAGAGACAGAGAGAUAAAACUGUUGAGGUCGGAUACUUUCCGAGACAAUGUGUUGAACUGUUGGGAUCUAAACUGCCUGAAAGUUUGGACAACUUGAAAAAUACUCCAAUAAAACCUGUACAACGUUCCCGCGGGAAAAUUUUUGCCUUCCUUCUCAAUUUUUUUACUUCAAGACCUUCUAGAACCCACUUGAAACGAAAAGGGAUAGUAAAAGAACGAGUUUUUGGCUGCGAUUUAGGCGAACAUGUGGUAAACGUAGACGCAAAGGAUAAAAUACCGGACAUUGUCAAGUGUUGCGCAGAAAUUAUAGAAAAACAUGGAAUUGUUGACGGAAUUUAUAGAUUAUCGGGUAUCAACUCCAACAUUCAAAAGCUAAGAUUAGAUUUUGAUGAGAAUAGACAACCUGAUUUAUCCAAAGAAGAAACUCUUCAAGAUAUUCAUAGUAUAUCAUCACUAUUGAAAAUGUAUUUUAGAGAAUUGCCUAAUCCCCUGCUUACUUACCAAUUAUACGAUCAGUUUGUGGAUGCUGUAAAAUAUGCUCAAUCGGAGGAGGACAAGCCAAUGAGAAUAAGUAAUGUAGUUGAACUAUUACCACCGGUCCAUAAAGAAACUGCACGAUUCCUAUUUCUUCAUUUAGCCCGAGUGGCUUCUCGAGGAUAUGAAACGAAUAUGCACGCUAAACAAUUAUCUAUUGUUUGGGCUCCAAAUUUACUUCGCUCUAAGCGCCUUGAAACUCCUCAGCGCUGUUGUGAUAUGUUGCAAGACGUUGCUGUUCAAGCAACAAUUACCGAGCUGUUAAUUAAUUAUGCAAAUCAAGUAUUUGGGGAUGAAAAGUAUCAAGAUGUAGACGGAAUUAUUAAAAGGCAUAGACCUAAGUCCUUAGCUGUGUCAACACCCUCAAAAUAUGAUUGUAGAUUAAGUGCAGAUAGUAUGCUUAUUUCGCUUGAAGAGGCUAAAAAUAGAAAAUUGGGCCGAAAUUUCGAAUACGAAAAAGAAAAUUCUAGAAAAUCUAAAAGAGGUAAUUCUAAAUCAUCUUUAUUUAGGAAGAGUCCCCGAAGUAUGAGAUCCAAGUCAAGUAAAUUUACCGCCACUUCGGACCCGGGGAAAUCACUAACGCUUACAGCUGCUGAUAUUCCUGAAGAAUGGAGACAUCAUCAUCAGCCAUUUAGAUUGUCGAAAAGUGCUGAAUCCUUGGACAAAUGUACUGUUUUUGCUAAUCCUUCACCAGAUAUUAUUGGUUUGGAGUCAAAUGAGAAUUAUUCAAAGAGCGAUAAUUGGAAUUCUGUUGAAACUAAAACUUUUAAACCUCCACCAAUGAAUAGACCAAGCAUUAAACAAGCUAAUUUUAGUCUUACCCAUCACCGAGCGUGUUCAUUAGAUUCGGCUGCUAUUGUUGAACCUCCAGCUGAACAAAGAUCGGAAUUUUUUGAAAAUUUAAAUAGUCUUGAAAUUUUAAAUUCACAAGAAAGUUUAGCUAGCUCUGUUUUAAAAGGCUUUGACGAAACUAAAGAAGACAAAGAAUUUCCCGAUUACGAAAGGGAGCGUACAUCGUCUUUUACAACUUUCCGAAGAGAGCAACCGAUUUACGAAAAUUUACAACAAGUUAAGAAUAGCCACUUUUCCAGCUAUAAGCAGUGUCCUCGAUAUGAAAAAGAAUUAACUGAGGAUGAAUUCCCAACUGCUACGCUUCCAGAGGAAGUCGAAGUUUCCCAAGCCUGGAGUAAACAGCUUUCUCCUUCCAUUACAAACUCAAAUUUUAGUAAAUUUGAGGAAAAAAAUGUCUCGGUAGAUUUGAUUACUAUUGAUGAAUCCUCCACAGACCCACUAUCCGUUCACAUAGAUAAAUUUAAUGAAAUAUCUGAGGAACUGGAAAGAACUUCAAAUUUAACCAGCACCUCAGAUGAAAAAGAAGAAGUUCCUGUUACAAUUAUUGAUGAACCCUUUCCUACUUCGGAUUUAAUUAUGAGUCCUGCCGCUACACAUAGACAAAUUUCUAGAUUUUCCUUAGACAAAACUCCUGAGGAAGAAGAGAAGAGUAUUGUUCCCACUUCUUCAACUUGUUCAUUAAACAAUCAAACCAGCGUAAAUGAUAAUCAUUUAGAUGAUGCUUUUACCAGUGAAAAAAGUUCUCCAAUUGAAGAUAAGCCAAUAGUAGAGGCGCCUUUGACAGAUAAAGUUAAAUCGUUGUUAGAAGAGAGAAUUAAAUCGUCUUUUGAAGAAGACGUACAAUUGUCAUUAUCUUUGACAGAAAAAGUAGCAGAAUCACCUUUGAAAGAAGAAGUAGAAUCGCCUUUGACAGAAAAAGUAGAAUCGCCUUUGAAAGAAAAAGUGGAAUCACCUUUGAAAGAGAAAGUAGAAUCGCCUUUGAAAGAAAAAGUAGAAUCACCUUUUAAAGAAAAAGUAGAAUCGCCUUGGGAAGAAAAUAUAAUUCAAUUCGGAGAAAGUACUCCAAUCUUUAGAGACCCUGUAAAUAUUAAAGAAAAUAUAGAAUUGAGGUCUCCAUCGUCUUCCAAGUCGAAUAAAUCUAUUAUUGAUAGUUUUCAUGAGGAAAAGAAAGCUCAAACAAAUGAAAAAGAAAAGUCAAAUAUCUGUUAUGACGAAAUGAACAAGAAUCCUGCUAAUGUCAACAGUGAAAAAUUAUUUACAAAAAUUAAAUCCACCAAACUGCCUCAAAAUGAUAAUGAAACUGUCACAGAUAAGUCACAAGGAAGUUUUGUUGAAAACUUAAAAAAGUUCGAUAACGAUAAGCCUACAUUCCGUGAAAACAAUUCCUUAGAAAAUAGUAAACAGAAUAAAAAUGUCUACUUUCAGCGUCGUCAGCAAUUUUCAUAUGAAAAUGUUGUUAAAGUUGACAAAUUUGAAAAGGUUGAUGUAACGGAAAAUGAAAGUUGUAUAUCUGCUACUGAUGACAAGCGUAUCGAUUUAAACUUGUCCGAUUCCAGUGAACAAGAUCCAAUUACAAAAAAGAGAAGUAUAAAAAAUAUAGGUGAAAAGGCUGAUUCUCCCAUAUUACAAGUCGCAAGAAGAUAUUCUGUUGUAGAAUCUGAACAAGUUAACAAUCUCGGAAAAGUUUCGUCUUCUCCGUUUUUAAAUAAGCAAGAAUCACAAGAUUCCAGUCAGUCUACUGUUAAUUCUCCGGAGAAAAAAGUUAGACUAUCAGGUAGUAUAGACAGUCUUGAUGAAAUGACAAUUGAACAAUUGGAAGUGAAAGAAAACGUUCCAGUGAAAGUCAAGCCCAGUUUAACAUCCUCCUUUAGUGGAAAAGCUAGUUCUAAACCUAUUCCAAAGCCUCGAAGGUCGGUUGAAAGCAACGUGGCUAGAAGUGCUCCAGAACCUGAAGUUCGAAAAGAUGUUAUUAAGUCUCACCUUGACUCCUUAAGGAGCAGAGAAAGGCCUAUUAAUUCUGGUGUAAAACAAUUAGAAACAAAAACUUCCUCAACUUUUUCUUUAACAACAAGUCAAAAAUCACAAGAGAGAAUAGAUAUCACUCCGGAUACCCAACGAAAAACUGAAAACUUGCCAAAGUUUGGUGAAACUAGCCGAAUGUUUUCAGCUAAAGUAGUUAAGGAUGAAAAAGAUGAAAAACAAGUAGCUAUUGAAGGAGAUGAAGAGAACUCAACUAAUAAUUCCUCUUAUUCAUCAAAACAAGGAAGCGUGAGGUCCUUUCUAAAUGACAAGUUAGCUAAAUUGCCAUUCAUUUAAUUAUCAUUAUACGCGUAUAAAUAAGAAUCUUUGGCCAUGCUUUAUAAACUUUUAUGCUCUUACAAACUAUCUACUCUAUAUAUAUAUUUUUUUUAUAAAACUUGGCUUGCAUGCGAUCUAUACAAACUGCUUUAGAGACUGUGCUUCUGAGAACUUGAAAAGAGUUUAAAGAUAUUUAAUUCUAUUACAAUAGUUAUUUGUGGUUCUUUUAAGAAAUUUAACGUUUCUCAUCUGUCUACGCUUUAUUUGAUUAAUUUCUGCAAAAAAUUAAUGAUUGCCAUUGUAACAAAACAAAAAUUAACUUACUCUUUAUAUUGAUCUACGUUUUUGCCACUACACUCCGUUUCGAAUUUAACUUUAGAUGUCUUUAUAUUGAAUUUUAACACUUUCUAGUAGCUAAUCAUGAAUUAACAACGGAAAAAAGAAAAUUGAGAUUUAAGGGUCCCAAAAACUUUGCGAUAUUUUUUCCCUUAAGAGAUAUUUAUUCUCUACUAAUUUUAUAGUUUCUUGUUAUUUUUUAGUUAAAGUUGCGCAAUAAUUUUAUUAAUCAAAUAUUCUUAUUUCAAGUAUGAUAAAUUUCAGACGCCUGGCUGAAAUGUUUACAUCUACUCCUACUGCAACGUCUUCCCCUCAAUCGUCUACCGAAUCGAGCAUUCGGCGAUCACAAAGUACCCGAGUUCCAUCGAUUAUACGUUCAACAGUUGACGAAGAAAAUAAUAGAUUAUCGAUCACAAAACGCCUGAGUUCUUUCGAGUUUGACACACUUUCACCAGCAGCUUCCUUAAAAGUCACAAAACCGGCUACAUUUGACAGAACACCAGCUCAAGUUUUAAAACCAACCCAAAAAAAUACUUUACCCAAUCGGUUUUCGACCUACGAACCGGAGAGCAAAGAAACAGAAAUAAAGUUACCCAAAAGUAUGAGCUCUAGUUGGACACCUGGAAUGGAAGAAAAUAAUUCUGAUUGCAACAAGAGUGUCAGAAGUUUGAAGGACAGAUUUGAACAGUUGAGUUCAGCUAGUUGAUUUUUUUUAGACCCUUUAUUUUUUUCUACAUAUAUACCGUAUAAAUAUUUCACGUCUUGGAUAUAUAUAUGCACACAUAUAUAUAUAUAUAUAUAUAUAUGU